AAAGGCCGCGUUUGUGUCAUUACCAUUUCGUUCUUCAGUGGCAUCGCUAGCUAGUGCCAAAUAGCAGCCGUGUACGAUGGAAGCGCCCUACACAUUUCAGGAACGUGACGCGGCGGUGAAAUCACCGUACGAGCCCGCCAAAACGGCGUGUGACGAUGAGCCGCCUGCCACAGUGUUAAAGAGUAGCAAUUCCGCCAUCAACGGUUCUGGGGAGACCGUGAAAUCAACCGGCAACCGACCGAUUACGGCCUAUUACCAUCCCUCCGAGAAGCAGCAAACGGCCGCAUCGUUCAAAACGGAAGACGACAUCGGUAGUGGUGGUGGUGGUGGUGCGGGGGUUGUGGAUCCGCCGUGCUGGGCACUGAUCGAGUGGGACACGGCCAAUGAAGAGCCGAACGCGUACACGGUGAUCGAGUCGUCCCAGAUCGUGGACAUUCCUUCGCACGAGGGCCGGUCGGAUGAGAACCACAAUGGGCCGCAGCGGAAGCGAGAUGCCGGACUGUACACGGGAAAGAUGGUGCACGUGCGACGGGGAAGAUACAUUAUGCCGGCCACGAUCGUGAUGAUAUCGGAGGAUAGAAAGUUCCUCGAAACCGAACUCCAGGAGCUACGAGUUAUGGUAGCGAACUGUUUGAUGACGAAAUCGGUUAACCAGACGCACUCGUCGCGAAAGCAUCAUCUACCGCCCCUGAUGUACUACGGAGGGCCGGAACAUAACGAUCGUCUCACACCGUCACACCAGAAACCGGGACUGCGGGUGUACGGUGGCGAUGAGCAUUGGAUUUCCAACAGCAACGGUAAACGACAGCGGCGUGAUUCUGUUUCAUCCGUCACCAACAGCAAGGAUAAUGGCAGUGCUGGAAAGAGACUAUCGACUGCCGCUACCACCACCACGACCCAGGAGCCGAGUGGAGCAACAGCAGGCAACGAGGAGGCAACAAUUUCCUUCUCCUCCGACUGCUCGCACCAAACGGAAUCGUCACCACCGCCGCCGCCCCCGAUGCGCACGAAAAUGGCCCGCUAUACGCACGCCGAUCGUCGGGCACCAUCGCGCCACGAAGCACCGCCGAUGACGUUCGAUCAGCAAACGCAAACGACCGGCGCGGCGUCGGAUGCGUACGGCUCGCAGCAGCAGGAUGCACACUUUGCCCGCGUUCUGUCCUACCUGGAGAGCAUUAUGGCGGAGCAGAAGAGCUGCCGGAUGGAGAGCGACUACAACCGGAAGGUGAUGCAGGAGCUGCACGAGAAGCUGGUCGACCAGCAUGCGUUGCUCGCGGACAUGCGGAAGGAGCUGACAGAGCUGCACAAGAAACAGCAGCCGAGUGGCAAACAGGGACGUUCGGGUGACGUCAUGGUGGCAAAUGUGGUGCCCGAGAGCAAUGGGACCGUCUUCUCUUACGAGACUACCAGCACCAACAACAACCACAUUGUGGUGAGCAGUUUGAAAGAGAACGGUUCGCAGCAGUGGCUCAAGCUGCAAAGCGUAAAACGGAUCGCGGACGUGGAUCGGCAGCAACCGGACCACACCACUUCCAACAGCAACCAGAGCUGGGCAUCGUCUUCGGUCGCCGCGACAAGCAACAACACGACGAGCACUGCCGCCGCGGACGAUUCGAUCGCGAAAUCGUGCUCCGAAUCGACGGCUAACAACACCACCACCACCAUGUUCGUGGAGUUUGAGGACGAGAUCGUUAGUACGAUCGGUAACUCCAGCCCCAACUCGUCGUCGGCGGUGGCAGUGCAGGAGCUGAUCCGGGACGAUUGGAACGAUUCGUUGCAGGACAGUGAAGCCGAACAGGGCGGCGGCGGCGGCGGCGGUAAGGGGAAGAGAACGCGCACCAGCAGUACGGCAGUCCGCCGCAGCGUAAAUAAACCGGCGAAGGUGAUAUUAGACCUAGAUCCCACCUCAGAGAAGGUCCCGCUCGGCAGCAACAACACGCUGGUGCCGAAGCGUGCCCUGGAAGCGGUCCGAUGGCACAGCUACAAGUUCGGUACGCGCAAGCUGCUGCAGAUGCUGUUCACGCGCGAAACGCUGGCCUCCUGUUCGCUCAGCGGACGGCCGUGCCCGGCCCGGAUUAAUGAGGUGGACCGGCCGGUGAAGGGAGCUCUGCCGCCGAAGGUGGUGGCCGACAUUGUCGAGUACGUGAUGAAGAAGUGCAACGUGGAGGAAUGCCAUGUGCGGGGCGUCAUCACGAACAAGUGUGCAGAUGAGAACAAGAUGCUCCGGCAGCGGAUGGGCGGGCAGGAGAAAGCCCGCACCAACAAACAGGCGGACGAUCAAGCCGAUUGGUACGAUAAGGAAAACGUAAGCGCAGAGCAUUAGGGGGGGAGGUGCAGGGAAAGUGUUGGUGCCAUUGUUUAUCGUAUUAUUUAUCCUUACCUUUAAGUAGUUCUCGCACACGAGCUGCUGGAGAUGGGUUUUUUUCUCGGACUUUUCGGAAGCUAUUUCGAAUUUCUGUUCUUGUAAUCUUGACGAUAAGUAUCUGUAAAAGAACAACAUGAGUUUGAAAUAUGUUGCGAAAGUUUUGAAACGCAUCGAACGAAGAAUUAAUGGAUUUCGGAUUAUUUGGAAUAAAAAAAAUGGGGACAACAAAA